UCAAGCUGACGCGACUGUUGUCUCAUUCUCUCUCUCUCUCGCUGCUACUUCUGUCCGCUCCAAGAAAGAUCCGAAGCUUACACAAAUCCACUUUUGAGUUUUUAUUUUUCCUCUCCACUUUUUAUCUCAAUUAUUAAGAAAUAAAAAAAACCCUAAUUUCGAUUCAAAUUCGCGAUCGUACCUCUAACUGCAAUCGAGAGAGAGAUUAGAGACGGAGGCGAUAUGGAUUUCGAUUCGAACGGAGGAAACAAACGAGUCUUCAACCGACUCGGCGGCGGGCCGACUCGCCCCUCCCCGCAAACCGGCUCACGUCAGCAGCAACAAGUCUGCUACCACUGGCGAUCGGGUCGGUGCUACCGAAACCCCUGCCAGUUCCUCCACCGAGAGCUACCGGGUCCGGAUCCGGGCCACACGACGAACAACAACAAAAGAAUCGCGGACGAAUCGGGCUUCGCGGGUCCGAGUCACCGGAGAGGACCCGGGUUCAACAACGGGAAUAGUAAUAACAACAACACGUGGGGGAGGUUCGGUGGGAACAGGACGGUUUUGACGAAGACGGAGAAGGUUUGCAGGUAUUGGGUGGAUGGGAGCUGUAGCCACGGCGACAAGUGUAGGUUCUUGCAUUGUUGGAGCAAAGGAGAUGGGUUCGCGUUGCUGACUCAGCUCGAUGGGCAUGAGAAGCUUGUGAGUGGGAUCGCUUUGCCUGCUGGGUCUGAUAAGCUUUACACUGGGAGUAAAGAUGGGACUGUUCGUGUCUGGGACUGUGCUUCUGGACAGUGUACAAGCGUACUCAACCUUGGUGCGGAAGUUGGGUGUGUGAUUAGUGAAGGCCCGUGGCUAUUGGUUGGCAUGCCAAAUCUUGUGAAGGCUUGGAAUAUGGAAACGAAUGUAGACCAGAGUCUGAGUGGACCUGUUGGCCAAGUGUAUUCUCUUGUUGUGGGCACUGAUCUACUCUUUGCAGGCACACAGGAUGGUUCUAUAUUGGCAUGGAGAUAUAAUGCUGCCACUAACUGCUUUGAACCGGCGGCGUCACUGAUGGGCCACACACUUGCGGUUGUUACCUUAUAUGUUGGAGCUAACCGGCUCUAUUCAGGGUCCAUGGACAAAUCUAUAAAAGUUUGGAGCCUUGAGAAUCUUCAGUGUUUACAAACUCUCACGGAUCAUACAUCAGUUGUGAUGUCUCUCAUUUGCUGGGAUCAGUUUCUUCUGUCUUGCUCAUUGGACAACACGGUCAAGAUAUGGGCUGCAGUUGAAGGAGGCAACUUGGAAGUUACAUACACUCACAAAGAAGAACAUGGGGUGUUAGCUUUAUGUGGUGUACAUGAUGCAGAAGCCAAGCCGGUUUUGCUGUGCUCUUGCAACGACAAUACAUUGCGUCUCUACGACUUACCAUCAUUUACGGAGAGGGGCAAAAUCUUUGCAAAGCAAGAGAUAAGGUCAAUCCAGAUAGGUCCAGGUGGCAUAUUCUUCACGGGUGAUGGAACCGGUCAAGUUAAAGUAUGGAAGUGGUCCACUGCACCAGCGGCGGCUAUGUCUUGAGGAGAAGUUAGAAAUCUUAUCAGAGUUCUUUCCUACGAUGUUCUUGUGCCAUUAUAUAUAUUUGGGGUCUAUUGAGUUGUCUCUCUUUCUUAUUGAUGUCAUCCCUCCCUCCUAGUAAAGGCCAUGAUCUGAUGAGAUUGUGUCAUGUUAGGAGUUUUGAGACAGAGUUGGGAGAGUUUUGGUCCCUGUUUUGUCAAAUUUCAGCAUUCUCUGUCUUGUAACGCUUGGAUUUGUAUGGUCAGAUUGUCAUAAUAAAAGGAUUGGUCUAUUCCAGAAA